UCACACCGAGUAUGGAGGAGCACGCUUGUUGUGUUCGUAUGUUGUCUUGACCUCGAUCAUCCACACAAUUUAAUGAAAAGAUUUGAUGAUUGAGCUGCGCUUCCUUUCGGAGGGUCUGUCUUCCCGUGGGUGUUGAUGCAGCUAGAUUCGCAUUCUCACUGUCCAGUUGUACAUUGAGUUUUACACAAGGCAGAGUACUUCACAUCUGAGAUAUCGGCGCUUCCAUGAUUUCCAUGACAUUCUACGUCCACAACGCACCAUCUUUGCUUCGAACCAGUUUUUUUGACUUCAGAUUCACCUGCAGAGCUUUCAGCUUGUCCACUCAGAGUGCAAGAAGUGUCAUGCCCAGCACCCACAUGCACACGAGUUGUCACACUUCGUCGGGAAGUUAGUUCUCUUCGGGUGAGCCGGUCCUUCGGAUCGAGGAGGCCAGGUGACAUUUUGCUCUCGCAUGCCAAGCAGCAAACGUUUCUUACUAUAUGCGAGUGUUUGAGAGAAUGGAAGUUGCAGGUGCGUCUAAUGCCAAUCACGCUGCUUAGACACGUGAAUGGACUCUGCAGACGAGGAACCGGAGCUUCCCUCCGCUGUCCAGGGCCUUAUACGGCGUCUGGAAGGAAAAGGCGAGCGUACUAUAAGGCUUCCCAAAUUCAGCGAGAAAGAAUUUGGGAAUUUCUUCCCGGAAAUUGCAUCCCUCUUGACGAUCACACAAUGGCGAUGCAAAGUGCGCCUUCGAGUGCUGGAGGCAAUCGGCAGCUGCAAUAAUUUUAAGAUGCUGGACUUGGAAAGAAUUUGUGGUGGAGAUAAAUCGAGGUUGGCGGAAAGUGAGUGGGAGGUUGUUUUGUGAGGAUUUAAAUCUAGCACCGUUCCAAUAUGGAUGUACCUUUGGAACUUGAAACGGAGUGCAGAUGCGGAAAUGGAGAGCUUGUGUUCACAUAUAGGGAGAAUUCUGAAUUCCUCUAGCGUAGGUUUAUUGCAAAUACACUUUACCAAUUUGAGUGCCAGAUGUUGGUUGAGUCUCGCCUCAGGACUGCGAGGAAAUCCCGAUUCUCAACUCUAGACUUUAGUUUUAAAGAACGCGUGGGAGGACGCGAGUGCGGUGAAGCAUGUGGCUGACAUGAUCAACAGUGCUCCUCUAUUAGGACUGUUGAGAAUAACCUAUAUAGACGCCAUGGAGGAGGAGGCCGUUGGAAUCCUGUCCCAGGCUUUGAUCCAGACCUCGUCUUUGGAAGAAAUGCACUUAGUGAAGGUGGACUGGGGAGCGGCCUUGCUGCUGAGAACUUUUGCCGGAGAUGAUCGCAACCGAUCCAUUGAAUAUCUUCUCCUGGAAGAGAUGGAUAGAAUCGGAGGCUGUUUAGGGGAACUUCUUCAACCCGUCAUUGAAGGAAGUGUUGUUGACGAACUUGCGGAUGAGUCCUGAGGAAUGGCGCCAGCUCGGCGAGUUCAUAGGUGACAAUGCCAUAAACGUAGAGUUUUACUUAGGCCAGAAACAGAAAUUCUUACAUGAUAGAGAUCACCGGAGGUUAUCUCUAUUAUCUUGUUGUCUUAGAGUUGAGAUGAUAACUGGGAGUCAAUAGAAGCUCUUGCGUGUGCUCCUAGCUCCGAAGACAAGGACCCCACAGUGGAGCUUGUACUCGAGUCUUCGGGUGAGGAUGAGUUGAUGUUAUCACUAAACCUAUUAGGUAGGGUUCUGAGCUAGGAAAUUAAAUCUGUAAAAUCUUACACUAUAUGGGUGGUGGAUACUAGCACUUCAGGUACCAACCAAGAUAGUCCGGAAGGUUUCCUGUCGAUGAAUGGAAAAACUCGAGAAACUUCCGUCCUGAAGAGACUCAGGUGAAGAGUUGAAAGCAAAGAUUUUUGGAAGGAAGUAUUGAAGGAACUGCUUUUGUGCCUGCCAGGGAACACAAGUCUCACUCACUUGGAUCUGCGUAGGAAGGAGCUCGACGAAGAGGCCUUUAGAGACCUGAUGGAUAUAUCGCAAGUGAACUUGACUCUCCAGGAAAUAAAAGUCUCAGGAAUCUCAUGGGCUAGUGGCGGAAAGGAGGGGCUGAUUCAAGAGGCCCUCAAGUAGAACCAGAACUACAUGUCCGUGUUCAAAGAGACCAAACUAAAAUUUGGAGAUGCAAAAGCUGGUCGACUCUCGCUAUGCGACUCUCCUAGAGCAAGUAAAGUGCUAUCAAGUCCGCGACCGGCGCUGGCAGUGGCGUUGCCGUCUGAUCCGCGGGGAGCGGGUCAGGCUGCCUGUUGCUGGCAUGAACUUCAGCGGCGGGAGGCGGCGCUGCUGGCCCGCUGCUCGUCGAGAACGACGGAGCAUCUUCGCGAGCGGGGUAGCUGCGAUCUCUCGCUCCGGGGUGACUGCCUCGAUGUUGUACGUCAGUCAAAAUCGGUGUGCGGCGAAUUGUCGGGCCGGGAGGACGCAGCAGCUCCCUGCGGAUCACCGGGGCCGCUCUUGUCCACGCAUCAUCUCGUUCAAUUGAACCUCGAUACUGUAGCUGAGCGUGAAUUGGUGGGAGGGGAGAGGACCUGGUCAUCCAGGCCGGGGGAAGAGGAGGCAAGCAGCAGUGCAGGUGCGGUCCAUUCAGAAUCGCAGCGUCGACGCAAUUCCGACUCCGGGACUACAUACUGCACCAGUCCGAGCCAGCAAUUCCAGGGCAUCCGGCUCAACGGGGCGACACGAGCGGGAGGAUCAGAUCGUUUUUGAUUCCAACGCUCGCAGCAGGAAGACGCAAAAAUCAUGCCCACAUUGCCGAACGACAGGCGGCCAGCAGUCCACGAGCCCGCAGCUCGACGCGCGCCUCCAGCGGCCGCCACCGGAGAAAUGUUUUUUAAGUAAUGCCAGUAUGCUCGGGUGCCCGGAAAUCAGGUUCAAUUGAGAACGAUUGGUGAGAUGACCGACCUUCUAGCAGAAAUUUGUGCAUGGCGGGCCGGAGCUCUAUGCGGACUGUUCCUGGUCAACGUUAACGUUCCAGGGUUGGUAGGCGUUUGCUACUGCCGAGCGUGCCCGUGGCACUCCGAGCCUUUCCACCUUCGGGGACUGCGAGAUCCUCGCACAAGGACCUGGUAAAUAACAAUUUUGUUUUGGUCGUUUAGUAGAGGGUCGUAAGUCCUUAGUGUUCGUUACCCACAUCGAUCAAUUCACCACAUAGCGAUAUUGUACAAUAUCGAGGCAGACACUCCCCCCUCCCAGCGACAGUUCGCAACUAUCCCGCUCACGAGGAUGUUAUGUUCCCGCUUAGCAGCGGGUCCAGCAACGCCGCCUCCCGCCCGUUGAAGUUCUGCUUCCCGCGGAUCAGACCGCAAUGCCACUGCCAGCGUCCAGAGACCUACCAUCCUUCAAAAUCCGGUGUGACCCAGGAUUUUGAAAGAAUUACAGCAUCUCCAUCCGCGGGGACCCCAGUUCCAACGUCAGAGCUAGCUGUUGCGGAGCCAAAAGAGUCGCCUCCACCAGCAAUCCCCAGGGUCAAGCAGGACGAUGUCAAGGAAUCGCAGGCUGAUUCCGAAACGGCGGUUCGGGACUUGCCCACGGCUGAGGACUUCCCGCUUCUCCCGGCGGCAAGGAGUGGAGCCAGCCUCUGGCCGCAACUCCCGACGACAGCGAGCCGGCGACUGUGAUCGUGGACGAAGGUACGAGUCAUUCUCCUUAAAAUCAGAUUUUUGCAAUGUCAAAUCUCCGUCGAGACCCAUUCCUUCAGGAGGCCGUGAGUACGCCGCCCGAAGGCAGAUCGCCUCGUCCUCAUGUUCUUUUCCAUUCGAUCCGCUCGGGAGAAGUCCGUUACAUGGUUGAAAUGCUAACCCGCCGAAUCGAGUUCCUAGCAGACCUGACGUCGAACCUAUUAGAAUAAGUAAGAUUCGCAAGUUACUCUUAGAAUGCUAAUAUUACACAAGACUUGACAUCUAUAUCAAUGUCCAAAGUAGU